CGCGAAGCGGAGACGGCGACGGCGGCCGUGCCUCCGCGCGGGCGCGCGGGCAUGCGGACACCCACUCGGCCGGUCCCGGCGUCCCGGCUCCCGGAAGCGGAAGGGGAGCGCGGCCCGGCCUGGGCGGCGGAGGCGCGGGGCCGAGUGGAGAGCUGCGGAGCGGGCGGCGUAUUCAUAGGUACUCACAGGGAACUGUUAAUGACGGGAGGCCCAUAUGAUGGAAUAAGUAAAUAAAGAAAUAAAUAAAAGAAUGACUCAAGAAGAUACUACUUCUCAAUGCAAGUGCCAGACAAAGUACACCUCAUCUCAGUGAAUUUGCAAGUGGAGUUGGGAGUUUCUAAGGAUGAGAGAAGAGGAUUGUCGUGGGUUGGCAGGCAGUUCUAGGGCUGCAGAAUGGGUCUUCGGAUUCACUUUGUUGUUGACCCACAUGGUUGGUGCUGCAUGGGUUUGAUUGUCUUUGUCUGGCUAUACAAUAUUGUUUUAAUUCCCAAAAUUGUCCUCUUUCCUCACUAUGAAGAAGGACAUAUUCCAGGCAUUUUAAUAAUAAUAUUCUAUGGCAUUUCCAUAUUCUGUCUGGUUGCCUUAGUGAGGGCCUCCUUAACUGAUCCUGGAAGACUCCCUGAAAACCCGAAGAUCCCACAUGCAGAACGGGAGCUCUGGGAGCUAUGCAACAAGUGUAAUCUGAUGAGGCCAAAGCGUUCCCAUCACUGCAGCCGCUGUGGCCACUGUGUGAGGAGGAUGGACCACCACUGUCCUUGGAUAAACAACUGUGUGGGCGAGGACAAUCACUGGCUCUUUCUGCAGCUCUGCUUCUACACCGAGCUUCUCACUUGCUACGCACUGAUGUUUUCUUUCUGCCACUACUAUUACUUUCUCCCACUGAAAAAGCGCAAUUUGGACCUCUUUGUUGUUCGGCAUGAGCUGGCUAUCAUGAGACUAGCUGCCUUUAUGGGCAUUACUAUGUUAGUUGGAAUAACAGGACUCUUUUAUACACAACUGAUUGGCAUCAUCACAGAUACAACAUCUAUUGAAAAGAUGUCAAACUGUUGUGAAGAAAUAUCGCGGCCCCGGAAGCCAUGGCAGCAGACCUUCUCAGAAGUGUUUGGCACUCGUUGGAAGAUCCUGUGGUUCAUUCCUUUCAGGCAGAGGCAGCCACUGCGCGUUCCCUACCACUUUGCCAAUCACGUCUAAACAGAUGGAUGGUGGGCACAGAUGGGUCCUCCAGGCUGGAAAUGCGUUACAGGUUUUAGGAGAAUAGAACUAUGACAGUCUUCAAGUCAAUUAAAAUCCACCCACCAAUCUUAGGCAUCAUUAUGUGCCCCAGGCUUUAUUUUAAUAGUGAUCUUGAUCCUGUUGUGGGACUAAUACAAGAUCUACAUUUAAGUUUUAAAAGCAUGUUUACUUUCAAAUUAGCCCUCCUCUAGGAUUUCUUUCAAUGCUUUUGUUACUAAACUCAAAAGGCAGUGAUUUGGAUGAAAAAAUUGUACAUACAUUUCCUUCAGCACUCACAGUAUUUUAAAUUUUAAUUUAUAGGAAAUUUGAGGUGUUUAAUGUUUACCGUUAAGCAGUACUAACCAAAUUUGGAUUUAAUUCUUCAGGUUUACAAAACUUAAUACACUUUCUUAUGUGUAAAUUUUCUUUUUUGAAUAUGUUAAAAUGCUUUUCACUACUUCCUUUUAUAUGUGCUGCAGGGUUCUAACAUGCAGUGUAGGGUGAACAACAAAGGGCAGUGCUGGCCUAGGAGCAGCUCUUUGAGCCUUCCUUCUUUCCUGCUCAUCAGAAGCGAAGUACGGUACACAAGUGGUGCACCAACCACUUCCUUAUUAUAAAGGAGAACUUAGCUUUCCCUUCCACUGUGAUUAGGGAUUGUUACUAGAAUGUUUGCUCCCAGGAAAAAAUUAGUGACCAGUUAGGCAUAUAUUCCUAUUUUGCCCUAAGAUUCUAACGACUGAAAAGAAUAGGAAGUUUGCAAUAAUUCCAGUUACUUCUUCAAGUGCAGUUAUAUCAGAAUGCAGAUGUUUUAAAAUGCUAGUAUAACUGGAUGGUGUGUAAUACACAGUAUACAAAGGAAUACUGUGUUUUAAAGUAUCUAUAUUUUUACUUACCUGCCAGUAGUCCUCACUGUACACAUUGAUGGUUUAUAUAUUAUAUAAUAGAUACUGGUCAACUCAGAUCAAAGUUUAAAAGUAGGUCAUUAACUUUAUAUAUCAGUAAUCACCCAGGUUGAAAUUGAAUUUCCAUUGCCCAGUUAUGAUUUACUUCACUCUAGAGACCUUUUAUUAAUAGCUGAUGCCAGGAAAUUAUCUUAAAGAAGAAUGGUCCAGGGUAGUGAUGGUCCUUGACAUGGAGCCUUUUUGUGUGUGAAAACAUUUUGUAUAAUUUAAUUUUUUCAUUUAAAACACUGCAAAUCCAUAUGUUUGAAAAGUGUGUGUGCUAGUGGUCUUUCCCUUGAAAAUAAUAGUGAAGAAACCUACUACUCCUGAACCAUAUACAUACUUUUCUUAAGGUCAUUGUAAAGUACAGAAUCAUAGCUGGGAAAUGCUGAGACAGAAAUCAUUAUUGUUAGCCAGUCAGCUGUACUAUGGCUAGUUCUUUCAGAUACUGUAAAUGUCUUAUAAAAUAUUCUGAAGUAAUAGAAUAAGCUCUUUUCAGAAAUAUUAAUGCCAUAUUUUCAUGUUCUAAUUAUGUUUAUUAUUUAAGGUCUUAGAAGUGGCAGAUGAAAAUAUUUAUUGGUGCUAAGACAUUUAGUAAGUUUAAUAUAAGAAACAUUUAUAAAGGUUAGGAAACAUAAAAUUAGUAUGUUUAUUUUAAGCAAAGGGGUUGGAUUUUGUGCAAGCUGAUUGACUAAAUUGGCUGAUGACAGAUUCUCAAAGGAAGUGGUGUAUAGAUCAUGUAGGGAGAUGCAAGUGGAUGCCUUCAGCUGUAUAUACUCUGUUCACAUAAGACCUUGGGCAUCCUUAGCAGAGCCAAAUCAAGGCUGCUAUGGAGCUUUGUAGCUAUGACGCAGGUAAUGGGAACGGUCUCUUCCCAUGCUGAGGAUUUGUGGGUAUGGCUUUCUUAGGUUUUCCACUUCUAGGGCACAUCCUCUUCCCUUUGUCUUUACUCUCCCGGGUCCUGAUCCUCUCUGCAGUUUCCUUGAGUCAUUGGACUACAAACUAAUGCACUAGUUUGAGCUACAGAAAUGCUACUAUCAAUGUAUUUACAUAAUCUAUAUUGCAGUAUAUCUAUAUAUACUUAUGCAGUAUUGUCAAAUGUAUGUCUGACCCCACAAGGGGUUUGUAAUCAUUGUUAGAUUCCUGAAGAAACGCCUAUUGGCCAUGUCCUAGGGAUUAAGCUCCUAUGUUCUUCCUGCGCCCUCUUUUGGCUAAUUGAUGUAAUUAUACUGGCUCUAGGCUUUCACUGUCCUGUUAGUGGGUUGUAUCUCCAAUCUGUGAACAUGUCAGAGGUACACACUUACGGGAAUAUAUGGAGAAAAGUGUAAAAUUUUAUGAAAAUUGAAAACGAAUGUGUUACUGUUGGUGAUGCUCCUUGGAGGUAAAUUACUUGGCUUCAUGUAUGUGUAUUCUUGUAUACUUUACUGUUAAUCACAAAUUUAGAUUAGGAUAAGCUAUUUCAUAUUUUACUUUAAACCUUAUUUUGGUAAUUUAAUUUGUUAUCAUUAUGAAAACUUACUUUAAAAUUACUAUUUUAUUACAGAACAAAACACUUAUUACAAUUACUGUGGCAACUAUGUUAUCCAGUGUGUGAAUAUCUAAAAAAUACAUUUAAUUUUUCAAUUCAGUUUUUGAAUGGUCUCAUAAUACACAGACUCAAUUGCCUUAAAAUAAUUAAUAAUUGAUUAAUAACACUAUUUUUUUCUUUGCUUUUUAAGAAACCUUCUCAGAGUUAAACCUGUAGAUUCCAUAGUCGCCUCCCUUGUCACUCUGAAUAGCCCUGGGUAUGACUGCGUGUGUGGUGUGCUGGAAAACAACUAGCUGUGAGAUUGCCUUUCAGUCUAUAUAUUACGUUGAAGUAUUUAUUUAUAAGUUUCUCAUUUAAGUUUAGCAAAAUGUGUGUUAAACGAUAUUUUUACAUUAGCAGAAUCAUUUUUUGGGCUUCUGGAGUUAAAAUAUUAAUUCCUGGGCUGCAGUUACACUUGGUAAACAAUUAGGGUUGGGCCUGCAAGGUGGCUCAGCACAGAAAGGCAUUUGCUGUGGUGACCAGAUUGUUUCCAGAACCCAUUUAGAGGUGAAGGUGAAGAAAAAAAACAAAACAAAAACCAAACCUGACUCCACAGAGUUAUUUUUUGACCUCUAUAAAUAUGGCACACAGGCUCCCUCCCCAGCAUCAUGGGUGUGUGUUUCUUUCUCUUUCUCUCUGUCUCUCUCUGUCUCUUUCUCUGUC